AGGAGCAAACUCUGAUCCUAUUAAAGGCAUUAGCAACAUUCCAGGGUACCUCAUUCUCCCUCUGUACCACUUCCUGCCUCUGGUCUGGAUCCCUUCCCAGCCAUGUAACUAAGUGUGUGCCUUACAGUGGGAUAAAAUGAAGCCAUAAAGGACGGCAAUAGAGAUUCAGAGGAUCAGCCAACGUUAAACACACACGGUGUUAUUGCCAUGGAGACGGUGGUUAUUGUAGCAAUUGGGGUCCUCGCAACAAUCUUUUUGGCAUCGUUUGUGGCUCUAGUGGUUGUCUGCAGACAUCGCUAUUGUCAGUCCAGCCGCCACUUACAUCAGUUCGACUCGAAACCGACAGUGGACCUCAUUGGAGCGAUGGAGACCCAGAGCGAGCCCUCUGAACUGGAAUUGGACGAUGUUGUUAUCACAAACCCUCACUUUGAGGCAAUCCUGGAAAAUGAGGAGUGGAUCGAGGAUGCCUCGGGUUUGGUGUCACAUUGCAUUGAGAUUCUCAAGAUAUGUCAUACUCUAACUGAGAAACUCGUUGCCAUGACGAUGGGAUCGGGUGCGAAGAUCAAAUCUCCAGCCAGGCUGAGUGAUAUUAUCGUGGUAGCGAAGAGAAUUAGCCCAAGGGUGGAUGAUGUCGUGAGAUCGAUGUAUCCUCCGCUGGAUCCCAAGCUCCUGGAUGCCAGAACCACUGCCCUCCUGCUCUCUGUCAGCCAUCUUGUGUUGGUCACCAGGAAUGCCUGUCACAUGACUGGAAGCCUUGACUGGAUUGACCAGUCCAUCUCCUCAGCCGAGGAGCACAUGUCGGUGCUGAGGGAGGCUGCUCUGGCAAGUGAGCCCGACAGAAACCUCCUGGGUUGUGACAACUACUGCCAGGAACAGUCUGCAAUAUAGCCCUGGGCCUGGCCACCAAUCAGUAGGAGAGAGCCUGGUCUUUUCCACCUCAAACAGCUCCGUUUCAUCUACAACUAUUUCAUAACCACCACAGCACAGUUUAAUCAAUCUGUGUAGUGUGUGUUCAACAUUACCGUUCAAAUGAUCUUCGGACUGAAGGUCAGACAGUAACAUCAAUCACAGUCUUGAGUCUGGUUGGUUUUUCAUGUUCACGAUAAGCCUAAGAGCAUAGUUGAUCAUUGUUUAGUAACAUUUCUAGCAAUCUCAUGCUUUACUGCUUUUAAAACCUCACUUAUUACAACUCUUUGCUUCCUGCA